AUGAAGUCCAUUCAAGUUUUUUUCAUGGUCUUCUCUCUUCUCAUGGUGGGUAACAUGAGUUAUGGAAGAAAGGAUUUGGAAGAGUAUUGGAAGAAUAAGAUGAAUGAACAAGCUAUGCCAGAAGCAAUUAAAAACCUCAUUAAAGUUCCAGCUCAAGAAAAACAAGAUGAUUCUUUUGUUAAGAAUUUUGAUGUUCAUCCUAAUAUCAUAUUAUAUCAUCAGAAACAUGACAAACAAGUUCCAAGUGAAGAAAAAGAAGAUGAUUCUUUUGUUAGGGAUUUUGAUGUUCAUCCUAAUAUCAUAUUAUAUCAUCAGAAACAUGACAAACAUGUUCAACCUUAA